AUGGUCUCACCCAGAUCUCAUUCGACCGCCGUAGUGCAUCACGGGAAGGCUUGCGUUUUUUGAACGGCCAAAAAUAUGGCGGGCGGUCGCGAUGUUUUCGAGGUGGAGGGAAUCCUUGACCAGCGCACGCGGCGAGGUCGGGAGGAGUACCUGAUCAGGUGGAAGGGGUUUGAUGAGGAUGAGGACACCUGGGAGCCAGAGAAGAACCUGUUCGGCUGCGAGGAGAUUCUGGAGGAGUGGAAGAGGAGAUGGCUCGCUGCUCAGACCCCCAGGAGGACGAAGAUCGUGAAGCCCAUCUUCAAGCCCCCUCCCACACCUACGUCCACCCGAAAGAGGACAGUGAAGAAGGUGGAAGAAAAGGUGGUGACCAAGGUAGAGACCCCAAAGAGAACACCCAGGAAGGCUGCACCCACCCCGAAAGCUAAAGUACCGGUCAUCACAGUGAGUGAGAGUGAAGAGGAGACUGUUGUGGUCAAAGUGACACAGAAGACAACUAACAAUUCUGCAACAACUCAUGCAGAAAAGAAGGAAGAAGUUGUGAAAGUUGCAGAAAACAGUGGGCAGAAAUCUGUGUCCACACUCGUGGGAAAACAGUUGCUGUCUGCCCAGACAGUUGCAGCCCAAGAGCAGAAAAUCGCUGAGGUUGCUGUUUGUUAUGUAGUCUACACCCCUAACAAAAAUAUGAAUGCACCUCAACAAUAAUGAAGACAAUUGUAGUGCAUGUUUAGCAUGCAACUUGAAUAAAACACAAUUGAAAGCAUGCAGCCCACUGAUAAAGCACAUUUCUUAUUGUCAUGUUCAAAAUAUCAAGCAUGGUUGGUGAAAAGGUUCAUUCUGCAGGUUGAAAUUAAAUGCUAGAUCUACAGGAAAAUGCAUGAUGUAAAAGUUUAAGUACCAUGUUUCCAGGAGGAGAAUUGCAUGUACGCCGCCUAGACUGUCCGUU